AUGGCCCCCACUCACAGCAGCUUCUGGCAGUUUCAAAGGAUGGUCAAACACAUCACAGGGCGGAGCGCCUUCUUCUCAUAUUACGGAUAUGGCUGCUACUGCGGGCUGGGGGGCAAAGGGACUCCUGUGGAUGAUACUGACAGGCACAGCCCCUCAUCUCCCUGCUGCUAUGAGAAGCUGAAGCAGCUCGGCUGUCAGCCCGUGUUGAACAGCUACCAGUUCCACAGCGUCAACGGCACCGUGGCCUGUGAAUGUACCAUUGGUCUCGGCGUUGGGUGCCUCUGUGGGCUGAGGGCCUGCGAAUGUGACAAGCAAUCUGCAUACUGUUUCAAAGAGAGCCUGCCCACCUACGAGAAAAACUUCAAGCAGUUCUUCUCCACCCGGCCCCGGUGUGGCAAACGUAAACUCCAGUGCUAG